AUGGGCACGGGCAGGCGCAAAAUCGCCAUGGAAAAAAUCGCGAAGAAGUCGAGUUUGCAGGUGACUUUCAGCAAGCGGAGAAAGGGGAUAUUCAAGAAGGCGAGCGAACUAGCCAUUCUCACCGGUGCGGAGGUCGCCAUUGUCGUUACUUCGCCGGCGGACAAGGUUUUCGCCUUCGGGAGUCCGUCGGUCGACUGGGUGCUCAACAAGUAUCAGAUGGGAGAAACGUCGCCGGAGAUGAUGCAGGUAGAAGUGGCGAGGAGGCUGGAAAUGGAGGUGGAGGCGAACGGACAGUGCUGGUGGGAAAAAUCGAUUGAAGAUAUGGAAUUGUACGAAUUGGAUGAAUUCCUCGCCGCCAUGGGAGACCUGCAAGCAAGAAUUAACCGACGCCUUGAAGAGUUGAAGACGACGGAGAAUUUGUGGAAUGUUGAUUUCUUCGAAUCGGUGAAUUCACAGGCGGUUGUUCCUUCGACGACGUCGUUUUGUGUAUCUGAUCUAUUUGAUGAUCAUCAUGAACCUGCUGCAUUUCUACCAAAUCCGGAAUCCAGUUCAGUUGUUCCUACGACGUCGUUUUGUGGAUCUUAUCUUCUUGAUAAUCAUCGACCUCCAUAUCUGCCAAAUCUUGGAUUCAAUUCGGUUGUUCCGACGACGUUGUAUUGUUUAUCUGAUCUUCAUCUUCCUGCGGCGGAUAAUUAUCAAUCUCCAUUAAAGCUGCCAAAUGUUGAAUUCAAUGGUUCUGAAUUUUAUGAUCUUGGUUUGGAGGGAGAAUUGCUGAGUGCCACGGCCGAGGCUGAAGCUGAUGUUCUGUUGCAGAAUUCAACUAUGGCUCCUUCUUCGGAUGCAAAUUUUGAUUAUGAUUUUGGAGAUUUUGCUUCGUUCUGGUGAUCGGAUUUACGCUUGGAGUUCAAUUCGACUAAUUGAUUUGGGGCAAUUCUGAAACCCUAAUUUUGCAGCUGUUUGGGGUUUACUGCUGGAAAGAAAUGCGUCUGUUCUUCAGGUGAUUUUGUUAUUAUAAAUAAAUACAAUUUAAAUAUUUUGUGUUUAUUAGAGUAAACAAAUGCAUAAAUUGAA